GCCCGUUUUGUUGGACGGCAUGGACGACAUGGAUUCUAACGUCGAGUUACGGCGAGGAGCGGCUGAGUGGUUGCAGAUUAUUGAAGAUGGCGGUCGGCAUCUGCAAGAGGUCGUGGAUACUCUGUGUUCGAGCCAAGGGGGUCAGUUAGGGGCUGUAGGGGGGACGGUCUCACUGCCGCUAUGGCUGGAGGACAUGAUGCAGGCCAUGCUUGAUAUCAUUCGGGAGAUGGAGGAGGGACCAGCUCCUUCACUCAACGAGUUUGUGGAUUGGCAUCAAGCUGACCUGCUCAUGCAUAGAUGCUAUGACAUCUUUAGGAGAGGGCAGGAUCGCUGCGCAGUUCUGGAGGAAGGACUGAUGGGCUGCUCCAACGAACUAACGCCGACAUCAUCAAUGAAAACAAAUGAAGAAAUCGGUGGCAACAACAGUCUCAACAUCAACAAUGAGAGCAACGACAAUGACAACGACGACAUCAUCAACAGUGGCGGCGGAGGUAACAACACCAACGACAACGCCGACAAAAACAACAACAUCAACAUCAACGACAACGACAACGACAACAACAACGACAACCAGUUCGAAGUUGUCAACUACAGCUUUCGUGUGCUCGUAAGUGAUGACUGCGGAGAUAAAAUCGGUAAGAAUGGGAUUGACGACAAUACCGGUGCUAUUAGGAUCAGCGUCGCUGACAACGAUAGCACUAAUAACAUUCAUACUAAUAACAGCCAUGGUUAUGGCGAUGAGGUCAACGAUGAUAGGGAGAUUGUUCAUGAGUGCAGUGGGGCGUUCAGCGCUGAUGUUUGGCGGAGGAUGGGCGUGGGCUAGUCGGGGGUGCGUGGGGUUGCCUGAUCACCCGCAAUUCCGAUCAGAAAGGGGUGGUGGUGGUCCCUCUCACGGAUGGGUAACGAAGGUAUGAGCAGUCAAUCCCCUCCUAGGAGCCUCCUAGGAGGGCAAUCAAUGCUGCUUAUCAUC